GGAAAAAAGAAAGUAAUUGAUGGCCUAGUGAUGUGCUAGAGUCCUAGUGAUGGUUAAGGGUCUUCUAGGGGUAAGGGCUGUGCUAAAGUCACUUUUUAGGUCUUUAAAUCUUCCUCUUUGCCUAGAGAGAGGGGGAGAUUAUUUUGAAUAUUGAGAGUGAUAAGGAGAGCUCUGGCCUCUCGAAUGUCAGGUUGGGGGUGGAGGAAGUCAUCUUUCUUCAUCAUUUUAUCUUCUGCUUAGUGUGUGUAUGUAAGUGAGUGACUUAUAUUUUGUGAUUGUUGUUUGGUGGAGUGUAUUCUGUGCUGUUUCUGUUUCAGUACGUUGUAAUUUUCAGUUCCUUAUUUCGCUGUAAUCCAACUUUGCUAUUCGGUAUUAGUAAUUUUCAGUCCCAUUUGUGGUGUAGUUUCUGGUUUAUGCUUGUUUAAAGCUUAUUAGAAUAGAGGGUUCCAUCAUUUGGUAUCAGAGCGGUUGAUCCGAGGGAGAGAAAGAGGGUGGAAAAAAGGCAUGGCAAACUUACUAGAAGAACUCGUAGUUACAGCAGCUAUGAUGUCAGAAUUGUUGAAGAAUGUGGGGAAAAAACAGAGGAAAUGCAGAAGAAAUUAGAGAAGUGCACAAAGAUUUUAGACAGAAUGGAGAUGCGUGCUGAAAUGGAGAAGAAAUCAGAGGUGAACAUGGAAAAUGAAGAUGCUGUAAGUGAGAAAGAAGAGAAGAAACCAGUUGAACAAGAAACAGAGGGAGUUAUAAAAAAGAUACCGGAGGUUGAAGAAGGGGGAGAGAAAGAGCCUUUUGAACAACAGUUAAAAGUGUCACCGUUUUUAGGAGAAGAAAAGUUUGAAGCAGAUUCUGGUAUCAACCCAAAAGAGAUGAAACCCAAACCUUCUCAAUCCUUGCAAGCUGUCAAAUUAGCACCAAGCAGUCCCAAAAUCAAAGUCCAGCAUAUAAAUGUUAAUGGGGCAGAAGCGACUAAGGAGAAGAAGCAAAAUUAUAAUGUUGAGAAGACUGCAAGACGCUGGAGAGAAUAUGAGCAACGAAGAGACAGGUUGAAGGCAGAAGAGGCUGACGGCAAAAAGAAGAGAAAGUGGAGGCUGGAUAGGGUUAGGUUAAUUACUUACUGUAGAAGCCCAAUACUAAAUGAUGGUAAUUCUUUUGGGCCUAAAAGCUUUUUAAUUUAUGAAAGGAGAAUGAACCAGCCGCAUACAACAUUCAAUUCCUCAUUUAAGAAGCAACUAAUGGGCUUGGGCCUUAAAGGGGAGAAAAGAAACCUAAUCCUUCGAGAAGCUAGGGUUGCAACGCUGCGUUCUGCAUCAGAGAAGGGGUUUUCACUUUAUAUUAUAUUUUUGCGCCAGACGCUUGCUGUGGCUCACAUUCUAAACGCUCAACAGGCUAAAGAAGAGCAAAAAUUCUCCCACAAACAUGCAAAAACAGUGGGAAGCGACACCAUUCCAGAUGCUCUUUGUGUUGGCUGGCACCAAAGGCUACUGUUCCUGGCUCCAACUAUUACAGAAGUUAACAUACUGUAUGUGGCAGCUUCACAAAUUCACAUAACUAUCAAGAAGAAUGAAUAUGCUGCUCGUCUGACCCAAAAGGCUGGCGCAAAGUUGGGCAUAAGGGAUGAUACCAAUGUCAGAUCAACGGUCAACACUCACAGAUACAUUUCUGCACACAGCAACAAUUCAGUGGAGAUACAGAGCAAAAUGCAGCUUCAGACCAGUACCGAGAAAAAUGUGAAACUGGAACUGAAGAUUUUGGGCAUGUUGAUGAAUGUGCAGGUUCAGACUGCAGGUGUGGAGGAUGGAUUUGGGAAGCAAAACAAACCAAACUCAAGAUCAAGGGGGAGGUGUUGAUCAGUAAUUUUCUUGUCUACAAUAUAAAACCCACAAGAGAUGGGGCUGAGUUCCCCAGCAACACUUCUUCAUUCUCAAUGAGAGGAGAUGAAAAUUCCCAAGAGACCACAGUACUAGACUUCACUGAA